AUGGCGGCCGGCGUGGCGACGUGGCUGCCGUUCGCACGGGCUGCGGCGGUGGGUUGGCUGCCGUUGGCCAAGAAGACGAUGCCCAAACCUCCCGUGGACAACUCGUCCAGAUCAGAUGAGAUCCUGUACGUCAACGUCAGCGGGGUCAGGUUCCAGACAUGGAAGAACACUUUGGAUCGUUACCCAGACACGCUGCUGGGCUCCUCAGAGAAGGAGUUUUUCUACAACGAGGACACGCAGGAAUACUUCUUUGACCGAGACCCCGAAAUGUUCCGGCACAUUCUGAACUUUUACCGCACCGGGAAGCUCCACUACCCGCGACACGAGUGCAUCCAGGCCUUCGACGAAGAGCUCGCCUUCUACGGCAUCGUGCCCGAGAUCAUUGGAGACUGCUGCAUGGAGGAAUACAGAGACAGGAAAAAGGAGAACCAGGAGCGUCUGGCGGAGGACACGGAGGCCAAUGAGGCGAUGGACGCCCCCCUCCCUCCACACAGCACCUCCAGGGAGCGGCUGUGGCGAGCCUUCGAGAACCCCCACACCUCCACCAUGGCGCUGGUCUUCUAUUACGUCACCGGCUUCUUCAUCGCCGUCUCGGUCAUCGCCAACGUGGUGGAGACUGUCCCCUGCCGGCCCCCCAAAGGCAGCGUCAAAGACCUUCCCUGCGGGGAGAAAUACCAGCUGGCCUUCUUCUGCAUGGACACGGCCUGCGUGCUCAUCUUCACCUUCGAAUACCUGAUGCGUCUGUUCGCGGCGCCCAGCCGCUGCAAGUUCAUGCGUUCAGUGAUGUCGGUGAUCGACGUGGUGGCCAUCAUGCCCUACUACAUUGGCCUGGUGAUGCCCGAGAACGAGGAUGUGAGCGGCGCCUUCGUCACCCUCCGGGUUUUCCGCGUCUUCCGGAUCUUCAAGUUCUCGCGUCACUCACAGGGUUUGAGGAUUUUGGGCUACACGCUGAAGAGCUGCGCCUCCGAGCUCGGCUUCCUGCUCUUCUCCCUCACCAUGGCCAUCAUCAUCUUCGCCACCGUCAUGUUCUAUGCCGAGAAGGGCACCAAGGGCUCCACCUUCACCUCCAUCCCGGCCUCCUUCUGGUACACCAUUGUCACCAUGACAACGCUGGGGUACGGUGACAUGGUUCCAAACACCAUCGCGGGAAAGAUCUUCGGCUCGAUCUGCUCCCUCAGCGGCGUGCUGGUGAUCGCCCUGCCGGUGCCCGUCAUCGUGUCCAACUUCAGCCGAAUCUACCACCAGAACCAGAGAGCCGACAAGAUGAGAGCACAGCAGAAAGUGCGCUUGGCUCGGAUCCGCAUGGCGAAGAAAGGAACAGCCAACGCCUUCCUCCAGUACAAAGAAGACCGAUCACUCGGGGACCACGACAGCGACAACACGGCUCUGUGUGUGAAGAACAGAUCAGCGUUCGAGCAUCAACACAACCACCUGCUGCACUGCCUGGAGAAGACGACGAACCACGAGUUCACUAACGAGAUCACCUACAGCGAGCUGUGUAUGACGGAGUCGGUGGGCUACAGGACCAGCCGCAGCACCUCCCUGUCCAGCCAGCAGGGGGCGCAGAACAACUCCACCGGCUGCUGCCCCCGCCGGGCCAGGAGGAGAGCCGCCAUGAGACUGGCUAACUCCACGGUGUCCGUCAGCCGGGGGAGCGUCCAGGAGCUGGACACCCUGCACAUCAAGACCACCUCCAUACCACCUCAAACUCGUUCCAGUCUGAACGCCCAGACGGGUGACCUGAAGCUCAACUGCGGGGAGCAAGAUUUCACCGCCGCCAUUAUCAGCAUCCCCACGCCGCCCGCCAACACCCCCGACGAGAGCCUCCCCCCAUCACCCGCCCCCAUCCCCGGCAUCCUGCGCAAUACCCGGGCCACCGCUUACACCCAGGACACCGUCAAAAUCUCCUCAUUAUAA